AGCCGCUGCCCACAGCGGCGCUGGCACCGCCUCCCGGGAGCGGGGCAGGGGGCGCGCCGCCUCGCUGCCCGCCAGACGCCAUUUUGACGGGUUUGCGUCGCUUCCGCUGCUGGGAGGUAAACAGAGAGGGGGAGGGAGGGCAGUAGCGACGCGGGCGGGACGGGACGGAACGGGCUGGUGGAAGGAGGAGACGCUGUGGUCGGCUUCAGUGGAGGGAGCUGAUGUGGCCGGAGCGGAGGCGCCAGCGCGGCCCGAGUCCCGGUUAAUGCGAAGCGCAGCAGGGAGCCGCCAGAAUGAAACGAGGAAGGAAAAGUAAUGAGACCAACAGCAGUUCAUCUGAAGAGACAACUGAGGAAGAAUCCAAGAGACACAAGGUUGUAGAGGAGAAAACCGUAGAUGUACAGAGUCCUGACUGGGCAAACCUGCUUCAAGACAUCAUCCUGCAGGUGUUCCAGUACUUGCCCCUUCUGGAUCGUGCUCAUGCGUCACAGGUCUGCCGCAGCUGGAACCAGGUGUUUCAUAUGCCCGAUCUCUGGAGGUGUUUUGAGUUUGAACUGAAUCAACCAGCUACAUCUUACCUGAGGGCUACGCACCCUGAACUAAUCAAGCAAAUAAUAAAGAGGCAUUCCAAUCACCUACAGUAUGUAAGCUUCAAGGUGGACAGUAGCAAGGAAUCUGCAGAAGCAGCUUGUGAUAUUUUGUCACAGCUUGUGAAUUGCUCUCUGAAAACACUUGGGCUAAUUUCAACUGCCCGGCCAAGCUUCAUGGAUUUACCAAAGUCUCACUUCAUUUCUGCACUGACAGUGGUGUUUGUAAACUCCAAAUCACUCUCUUCACUCAAGAUUGACGACACACCAGUAGAUGAUCCAUCGCUCAAGGUGCUAGUGGCUAACAACAGCGACACACUCAAACUGUUGAAAAUGAGCAGUUGUCCCCAUGUUUCUCCAGCUGGCAUCCUCUGCGUGGCUGACCAGUGUCACGGCUUACGGGAGCUGGCGCUGAACUACCACCUGCUGAGUGACGAGCUUCUGCUUGCUCUGUCCUCUGAGAAACACGUCCGGUUGGAACACUUGCGCAUCGACGUUGUCAGUGAAAACCCUGGACAGACUCAGUUCCACACCAUUCAGAAGAGCAGCUGGGACGCUUUCAUCAAGCAUUCUCCUAAAGUCAACUUAGUGAUGUACUUUUUCUUGUACGAGGAAGAGUUCGACCCUUUCUUCCGUUACGAGAUACCCGUCACUCACCUAUACUUCGGAAGGUCGGUGAGCAAAGACGUGCUUGGCCGUGUUGGGAUGACCUGUCCCCGGUUGGUGGAACUGGUGGUGUGCGCCAACGGCUUACGGCCGCUGGACGAGGAGCUGAUCCGCAUCGCGGAGCGCUGCAAGUACCUGUCGGCCGUCGGCCUCGGUGAGUGCGAAGUCUCGUGCAGUGCCUUUGUCGAGUUCGUGAAGAUGUGCGGCGGCCGUCUGUCUCAGCUGUCCAUCAUGGAAGAAGUGUUGAUUCCUGAUCAGAAAUACAGCUUGGAGCAGAUUCAUUGGGAAGUUUCAAAGCAUCUCGGUAGAGUCUGGUUCCCGGACAUGAUGCCCACGUGGUAGGGUUCUAAAAAGACUUCAAGGAGGAUCGAAUAGCACCUUAAACCCAAGCUUACCGUAUUACAAUUUACUGUACAAGCUUAUUUAAUACUGUAGUUUUUACUGUAAGUUCCUUCGUUGUUUGAUUAGGAAGUUAAUUUUUUCAUUCAAAAAUGAUUUACGAAAUCCAGAUUCAAGCCAGAAACAAUAGAUUGCUCCAGAACCCUUUUUUCAUCCAAACAGAAAUCUGCUUUCUGUUUCAGGUUUGUUCUUUUUCAUUGACAGUGACCUCAAAUUUUUGUGGAAAUCUAAAAAAAGUGUUAAAAUGAUUGAAAUGUACCUACAAAAUAUCAGUUUGAAUACGCUGCCCUGUUUUGAUUUAGAUACUAGUAUUGAAACGGUCAGUUUUGAUCUUAAAAACCAAGCAAAACCCCACCAAAAUGGAAUGCUUCUGUCUCCGACUGUGGCAUUUCUGAAUCCAGUCGCCUAGCUGACAGGAUUAAGAUUCUAAGGAGUAUUUCUUGGGCUGGGAAAUGUACAUCUUCUUUUGUAGAAAAGUCAUAAAAGGCAGGAGCAAUAUGCAAUAAUAUCCUUUAGGCAACUAAAAUACUAAGUCUGCUACUUGACUCAACAGAUUAUUAGAUCCAACUAAAACGUACUUAGAGCGCAAACAACUAUCAGUGUAAGAUAUCAGGAGCAGUGUGGUUGUUUCCCCUCCCCCCGCCCUUUCCCCUUUGAAUUUUCAUGUCAUUUGCUGCCAGGGUCUGCGAUCUGUGUCUAAACCUGUUUUAAGGUAUUUUAUGUCUUGCUCAGGAAGCGAAAGCAUUCUGGGGGAAAAUGUAGAUACGUCCUAUUUAAAACCACAUUGGGGUUAACGAGCUUCUCUUGCACAUUAACUACAGCUAGAUGGACUAAUGUAUCUCUUAUUAAAGGGACUCUGCGGUGUUAAAAAGCAACGACAUGGAUGUGAAUGGGGUGAGAUGUGAAAGUCAAAACACAAAUGGUGACCCGAGAACCUUGUAACAAAAUCUUAGGCCUUUUGGCUGCUUUCAGUUCGAGAGAAAUGGUGGUUACUUCAGCUGUAUAAACUAAUUGUAUACUGUAAAUCUGUUCCAGAAAUGUUUCUGUAUAGAGUGAAUGUUUGAUAGGUGAGCAUUUUGUAUACCUUUAAUUAAGCUAGUUGGAUCAUUUUGUAACACUUCAAAAAAAAAACCUAAAAGUGAAGUAGAGCAAUAGGCAAAAAUCUGUUUUGAAUAUUUGGUAAAUCGGUUUUACUCCAGAAAGUUUCUAGUCUGUAAGUGGCGUGGGCAGCAUAUUGCCUGUCAUCGGAAUGUGGCUCCUUCAUUUCUUACCACCAGCAGUUACCUUGUUUCCUCUUUAACUUGGUUGGUCGGUGAGGCUGAAGCCCUGGCUGCUGCAAGCCCUGGCUGCUGCAAGUGCUGGGAGAGGAGGGGUGAGCUGCCAGUGAGGCAGAGCUGCUCCUGCCACGGAGGGGCUUCUUACUGGAGCUGUGUUGUUCCUCCUGGCCGUCCUUGGGUUUCCUUCCCUUCUGAUUCCAGACACGUUUAUCCACAUGUACAGUUGCAGUGUCGUGCAUUUAUGAGCACAGUUGAGCUCAUAACGGUAUUUUGAGCAAACAAUGCUCAGUGGACUGGACAUCUCUACAGGGGAAUUGUAUGUUUCUGGAGAGCUUUGAUUUUAAAAUGUUGGUUUAUGAAACAGGUUUUUUUUGUAUUAGAAUUUGUUAAAUUAAUGUCAAACACUAAUUUGCUUUUAUUUGUAUAAAAGGUGUCAAUAUAUUCAGUCUGUAAAAGUAAAAAAGCUCAGUGUUUUUAAUGUUUGGACUGUGGGAACUGGGCUGCCUGGUGAAGAUGGAGUUACUACACUAGUGAUCUGGGGAAGAGGACUUGUUUUCAGUGGAUCACUGUAUCAGUUAAUCUUAUCGGUGACACAGCUAAAACCUCAGUGGACCCUGACUACUGGUGGUUUGAUGAGGUGAGAGGGUCUGUGGCUUCUGGCAGUGGUAGCAGGAGUAAUGGAAAGGUGUGAUGCAGCCCAAAUAUCUGGGCUGAGCUCUCUCACUGCUGUUAGAGUCAUGGUUAGAGCCAGAGCUCAAGGUGUGUUAGCAGCCAAAAGCUUCAUGCUUAGUUGUAGCAGAGCUGAUUUCCCCAGAGAGGUGACCAGCUAGCCUCUCCUGAGGAGGUCCCUGUCUGGUCUCGUAGACUUCAAACAGUCCUUCCCUCAUGAGACACUGAUAAUAGCUGUUGCCAAAAUGGUCAAGGAUAAGAAACUCACUUGAGAGCAGUCGUUCCCUUGCACUGAUGGUCUGCAGUUUUUAUAUGUCACACCAAUUCCAAUGUCCUUAGAUGAAUUAUUUAAGCUAUGAAACAAACUUCUCGGGCAAGCUUAUAUUCUAAAUAUCUUCAAGAAAAGCUGCGAUGGGGCUUUGAGCAACCUGGUCUAGUGAAAGGUGACCCCGCCCUUGCCAGGAAUGUUGGAACUAGAUGAUCUUUGAGGUCCCUUCCAACCAAAACCAUUCUGUGAUUCAAUAAAAUCCCGUGUUAAUUGUUGUUUUGCCUUCUACUCGUGUUGGGAAAAAUGAAAAGAAAGAAAAAAUCC